AUGGCGCCGCCGCGGGUGGUGGCGGAUCCGACGGCGAGGAAGAGGGUGCGGUCGAAGAUCUACGGUCUGCGGACGUUCCCGGAGGCGGCGGCGGCCGCGGCGGGGGGCUUCGGCGGCGGCGCGUUCCGGGACAACGUGCGGGAGUUCGUGCGCGAGUGCGGCGACGUGGAGGAGGGCGCCACCGCGGGGAUGCCCACCUGGUGCACCCUCCUCGUCGACGAGCGCUCCGGCGCCGUCGCCCCGCUCUACACCGUCGAGGAGUGCGUCCGCUUCUCCCCGCGCCCCCUCUGCGACUACUGCCGCUGCGUCGCUGCAGGAUGGGGGCAUCACUGGGUAUCAAAGCGGAGGUACCACCUGAUCAUCCCCACGGAUGAGGAGUGGGACCGGCCGCUCAGCGGGGACGCGCUCCUGCGCAACGACCACCUCCUCCAUGGGCUCAUCCACGGCAAUGGGUUCGGCCACCUCGUCACCAUAAACGGCCGCUCCGGCGGGUCCAAGUUUCUCUCGGGGUGCGAUCUCAUGGAUCUCUGGGACCGUAUCUGCACAGCUCUCCGCGUCCGGGAGGUGUCCGUGGAGGACACGUCCCAGAAGCGGUCCCUGGCGCUGCGCCUGCUCCUGGGCGUGGCCUACGGCGCCCCGUGGUUCGCCCGGUGGGGGUACCGCUUCGCCUGGGGCAGCUUCGGCGUCACGGAGGACCGCUACCGCCGCGCCAUCCACCUCCUCUCCUCCCUCCCCGUCGACGCACUCGCCGCCGACCUCCGCCCCUCCCCGCGCGCCGGCCACCUCCGCCGCGUCGCCGCCGCCUACCGCCGCCUCUCCGGCGAGCCCCUCCUCGCAGUGCGCGACCUCCUCCGCCACCUCCUCGACAUGAAGCGCCGGAGCCUCCCUCCGCCGCUUCCGCCGCCGCCGCCGCGGGGACCGAGGAAGCGGAGGCGGGUGCGGGACUUCGAGGAGGUGGCGGCGGCGCUGGAGAGCCGGUGGCCGGCGCGGCGGCUCCGGUUCGCGGCGGAGGUGAUCGUGGGGGCGCUCGCCGAGGGCGGCGGGGCGGGGCGGCGGAUGACGCGCCAGGAGGUGCGCGACGCGGCGCGGCUGACCAUCGGGGACACGGGGCUCAUCGACUUCGUCCUCAAGUCCCUCGGCGACUGCGCCGUGGGCGGCCGCGUGGUGCGCCGCGCCCCCCACCCGCUCACCCGCGUCCUCGAGUUCUCCCUCGAGGACCCGGCGGCGGAGGAGGAGGACGAGGAGGAGGAGGAGGAGGAGGAGGAGGCGCUGCCGUUCGCGGCGGCGUGGCCGAGCCAGGGGGAGGUGGAGAGGGCCGUGGGGGCGGUGUACUGGGGGCUGGUGGAGGGGCGUCGGGAGGCGGCGCAGGCGGUGCUGGACUGCAAGCACUGGGCGAAGCGGUGGGGGCUGGGCGACGAGGCCGACGACCGGCUGCGGUUCCUGGUGCGGUGGAAGCCGCCGGGCCGAAAGGGGUGGGAGGAGGAGGCGGAGGCGGAGGCGGAGCUAUCGCGAAGAAGGCCGCUUAUUCCGCCGGGGGAGGUGGUGGUGGUGGAGGCGCAUGCGGCGGUGGGGGAGCUGGUGGCGGAGGCGGAGCGGGCGAUGCGGGACACGUACUGCGCCUUCGAGUGGGAGCCCGUCAUGAACGGCGGGGCCGAGUCCGGGGCGGAAUUGUGGGUGAGGGGGGAGUUCGGGGCGGAAGCGGUCGACUGCGAGCUGCGGCGCGAGGGCAGGGAGGUGGGUGCGGAGGCGGAGGCGGAGGCGGAGGCGGAGGCGUGGGCGGUGGCGUGCGCGUGCGGGGCCAGCGACGACGACGGCGAGCGGAUGGUGGCGUGCGACGCGUGCGACGUCUGGCACCACACGCGGUGCGCGGGCAUCGCCGACGGAGACCCCGUGCCGCCGGUGUUCCUCUGCGCCCGCUGCGGCGGAGGGCUCGCGGCCGAAGCGGCCGUCGCAGCAGCUGCCGCGGGCGUGGCGCUCCGCGUUUGAAGCCUCUCUGAAUACGACGGUUUUUCUUUCGCUGAGAUUCUUUUGAUUCUUUUUUUACA